ACGUAGUAUGUAAAGAAUUUUAAAAAGUUUGUCAAGCCAAUAUACGAAAAUCUAUACUAUAAUGUCGUAUACUUAUGUAUACUCGUAUGUUGGAGUUACAAAUGUGAAAUGGAGGUUUGAUUCGUUGCGAAGGUCCAAUUAAUUCAAAAAUUUAAGUUUUUAUAAAAAACACACCACAUUGAUUUUUAUAACAAUUUUGAAAAGUCAGUAAACAUAUUUCCAAAGAGCAUAGCAAAUGAACAACAAGCAAGUGCAAUAAUGGGUUAACUGAGUGAAAUUCCAUUUUGAGUGACAUGAGAAUUAUCAGACAUUUGUUUUAUCACCAAGCUGAGAAACAAGACAAAAGAGUGAUCAAAAGAGAGAGAGAAAAUCGAAAGAAAAAACGCAGAAACUCUGUAAGUGUAAUUCGUGCUUUAGUCUUUAGUGAAAUAUAGAACCAUGCAGAGCUAUAGAAUUGAGGUGCUUCUUGUUUUGAUUUUGGCAUUAAUAAAUCUAUCCGAAAAUCGAUGCAUCAGGCCAGAGACCCCUGCAAAUGGGCUGGUCAUAUUAAGAAGAAACUAUGUACGGUUUCGCUGUAUUAGUGGUCAUGUACUUCGUGGUGAUAGCAUGCUACCCUGUAAUAAUGAUGGUCGUCUAAUAGGCGAAUCUCCAGUGUGUGCCAAACCGGGAUGUGCGAAGCCUGAACCAAUAGAGAAUGGUGAUCGGCAAAGGAUUGGCAGUAUGAAAACAGUUGUCCAGUGUCAUGAUGGCUAUGUCGUAUCGGGUAACCAAAUAGCCUUCUGUAAUGGUCGAAAUUGGGAUCGUCUUUUGGGUACUUGUCGUCCCAGCAAUCAUUCACUGAAUCAUUCGUGCGAUUUCGAGACUGAGGAUCAGUGUGGCUGGAGUAAAAAUGGCGAAUGGAAACGCAUGGCAAAUGUUAGGCAUUUUCAUAGCUACAGCACAGGGCCACGACAUGAUCACACAUUGCAACAUGCACUUGGUGGACAUUACAUGCUCUUUGAGUCAUCAACUCAACGGGAUGGGGAUUAUCACCUAAUUUCACCUAUAUAUCCCCGUGAAUUAAGCCUAAAGACGGCUUGUUGUUUUCGCUUUCAUUAUUUCAUGUAUGGCAUUGGAGUGGGUAGUCUGGCUGUGUGGGUUAAGCUACAUUCCUUGCCCUUGGAUAUCAUUUGGAGCAGCGAACGUAAUAUCUCGCAAAAAUUCAUUGUAUCCGGCAGUCAGGGUAACCAUUGGCUGGAGCAUACCAUUCAAAUCGAUGAGAUGACCGAGGAUUUUCAGGUGGUCAUCACUGCCAUUGAACCGACACAGAAAUUUGGUGAUAUUGCCAUUGAUGAUGUUCAAUUGCUGACUGGCAGCGAAUGUGGGGCCGUUGAAGAAAUACAAACUACUACUCCGGAUCUUGAUGCUCCAACUGAUGAACCAAUGAUCUAUGAUCGUAUGAACUGCUCAAAUCGGUGUGGUGAGGUCUCACCGGGCGAUGAUUAUAAGCGUCCAGAUGGCAAAUGGAUUGGAGUAUGCGCUUGUGAUGAAAAUUGUUUGCAAAAUCAGAAUUGCUGUUAUGAUUAUUUACAAACAUGUCUGGUGUCAAAUGAAACUUCAACCACUGUGGAAGAGGAAAUGACGACUAUACCAGCAACAACACCAACAACAACAUCUACAACGAGAAGAACCACAACGACAACUACUACGAAAAGGACAACAACUACAAAGAAGGCAACAACUACAACGAAAAGGACAACAACAACUACUAAAAAGGCAACAACUACCAAGAAAAUAACAACUCCAUCUACGACUUCAAGUACAACCACUACUAAGAAACCUAUAAUAACUACAGCAUCAACAACAAAAACAACACCAACAACGACAACUACAUCUACAACAACUAAAAAACCAAUUGCAAUAAUAACAAAGACGCCAACAACUCAACCACCAACAACAACCACUGCACCGCUGCCUUCAACAAGCACUAAACAUCAAAUUACAGACUUUCCCGCCCGCAUUAGCUGGUCAGUGAGUUCAGAUGAUAUCAGGGGAAAUGAAAAUGAAAAUUCCACAAGUCCUGCUCAUAUCUUUUGGUACUUUAUGCUGGGCAUUAUAACAAUCACUGUGGUGGCCAGCUUAGCCUAUCGCUGGCGAUCUUGUUCGACGGCAUCGAUGGCAACAACGGCCAAAGUGAAGGCAGUCAGUUUCAAGAAGGCAUUGGGCAACGGAUUAUCGCGAGGGAGUUCCUACUCAAAGAAAGGCAAUCAGACAUCACUGCUAUCCGAUAAUGAUUACAAUGGCGUUGAGGACGGCGAUAACGAUGUCCUACAGUUCGAAGAAAUGGGCGUGGAUAUACGCAAUGCCACAGUACUUUAAAUAUUUACAUUAUAUAACCCUUAACUUAGGUAAAACAAGAUACUUAUGCCUAAUGUACAGAGAUUAAGGUAUGUUUUAAAUAAAAUGAUUGAGCA